AUGGAUACCGCCUCGACCUCCACGCCCGACGCGUUUACGGAAGCCUGGCUCCCGGGCCCCGACGGCACCUCAUUCUACACGCGCACGUACGCCUCCGCGCCCUGCCCCGCGCGCGCCGCCGUCGUCUUCGUGCACGGGUUCUCGGGCCACUGCGCGCGGUACGAGUGGAUGCACGGCGAGUACGCCGCGCGGGGCGUGACCGUCUUCACCUUCGACCAACGCGGCUUCGGGCGGACGGCGCUCGACGCGGAGGAGCGCGCGCGCACCCCGGGCGCGCUCUACGGCCGGACGAGCUGGCGCGAGCAGCUGGGGGACAUUGAGUGGUGGGUGAGGCACGUCAAGGAUCGGUACCCCGGCUUGCCGGUGUUUCUCAUGGGGCAUUCUAUGGGCGGGGGACUGGCGUUGGCCUUCGCGACGCGUCCUGGCGCGCCGCCGAAGCAGGAGACUCUUGCGCUCUUGUCCGGGAUCAUCGCGGGAAGCCCUUUGGUGCAACAGUCGACUCCAACCGCGAAGCCGCUGCGCGUCGUCGGAGGCCUGGCCAGCGGAGUGCUCCCUUGGACCCUCAUUGCUACCCCGCUCAUUGCAGACGAUCUCUCGCACGACACCGCCGAGAACCAGAAGUAUGUGGCGGACCCUAUGGUCAUCCAGAAGGGGACCCUCAGGGGAGUGAAUGACAUGCUCAGCGGGGGUGACCACUUACUCGCAAAGGACUACAAGUCUUGGCCCAAAAACAUGCCGCUUCUCAUCCUCCAUGGCUCCGCCGAUCGCAUCACGUCGCCCAAGGCUUCGCGCGAUUUCUUCGACAAGGUCGAGGCGGAGGAUAAGGAGUACAAGGUAUUCGACGGUGGAUACCACGAAGUCAUGCGCGAGCCGAACGGAAUGAAGGAGGAGUACGCUGAGGCUAGCACGGGGUGGAUGCUAGAGAGGGCGCAGAAUUCCGGGUCGCGACCGGUGGGGGAUGGGUCCAAGCUGUGA